UAAAAAGGCACUUUAUUUACAGACAACCCUACGUAAAUAUUGCCGGAAAUGGUAGCAGCCGUGAACGAAAAAUUCGGUAUUUUGGUAAAUUUUUAGUCGCCUGGUAGCAUUUUGCCAGUCCGGUAAUUAUCGGACCCGUUCUGUGGAUUUCUGGCCUGUGGAUCGCUUCCUCAGGUUUUGUUGUCUGACGUGUCAGCCCUGUUGACAGUCACCAUUGAGCCGCAAAGCUACGCCGACUGGUUGAGGCAGAGCUACGCAAAAGUCAUGGCAGAGGAGCACACGGUACAGGCUCUGUCCUGGAGGCGGUUAUAUCUCAGCCGAGCCAAGCUCAAGGCUGCUAGCAGGACGUCGGCAUUGCUGUCCGGGUUUGCAAUGGUUGCAAUGGUGGAAGUGCAGCUACAGAAGGGUGAUGACACCCAUGAUGAAGUCCCUGAGGGUCUCUUCAUCUCCUUCAGCGUGGUCACCACCAUCCUCGUGGCCGUGCAUCUCUUCGCCCUCAUGAUCAGCACCUGUAUUCUCCCAAACAUCGAGGCCGUCAGCAACGUGCACAACAUCACGGCCGUGAACGAGUCGCCGCACGAGCACAUGCGCGUGUUCAUCGAAGUCGCGUGGUGCUUCUCCACCGGACUCGGAAUCUUCCUGUUCCUGGUGGAGAUCGCGGUCCUGAUGUGGGUCAAGUUCUACCAGUUCAGCACGUGGGCCGCCAUCAUAUCCACCGGUAUCCUCGUGCCCGUGCUCAUCUUGUUCGUGGCCUUCGCGGUGCAUUUCUACCGUACGCUGGUGGUGCACAAGUACGAGCGGUCAGCACAGGGACUGAUGGAGCUGGAAAACAUGGCCACCCAACUCAAGGACAAUGGUCCACGUGUGGAGGACGUGUAAAAUAAGUCCUGUUCCACUUUUGGAAGGAUGUUGGAGGAUGUGUAGAAUGGGUAAAAAAAUAUAAGUGGAAUAUUUUUUUUCUAGUUCUGGUUUCAGAUGAAAAUGACAAGCCUGAAAAUCUGUGAUUCUAAAGGUGAUGUUUUUAAUGAUGAGCCAAAUUUAUAUUUGUGGACGUUUUUGUUUGUGAUUUGUUUGUACAUGUAGUUCUGUCUGUAAAAAAAUAUUUUCCAAAUGUGUUGCAAAAAAGGAAUGUUCAGUCUCUGCAUGUUGUUUAAGUGUAAAUGAAAAAAUACUUACAUCUCUUGUGCUGUGUAAAAUUGUCAUCAAAGUUGAGAAGGAAAAUUGUUGCACUCAAUUGGAGGAAAGUUUUAGAUUUGAAACAAACAUUCAUCUAUGGUUCCUGACAAUCAUGAAGUAGACUCAAGACAAAAUCUAACAUAGACUUAAAUAUAACAGUUGGACAAGUCUUACUGCAAUACAAGUAGCAUCUGCUAGGUGGUAUGGCUAGAUGCAUGUUGGGACGAUCAGACUACAAACCCUAGAAGUAAAAGAUACUUGUAUUUCCUCUUAACCUUUAAGGGCAAUGAACUCAUUUUAGUUACUUAGCUUUACCUCCAAUCAAACUGCAUUUAUUUAAUAUUUGAAAACAACAAAGCCAUUUCUUUAUCCCCAAACCUGCAUAUACAAUUCUGUAAGAUGUUUCACUUUAUAUCAGUUCAACGCAAUAUGUAACCUAGUCAUUUAUUUUCAAUGGAAACUGUGUUGUAACUCCCAAUAGAUACUGUACUACUGAUAGAUGCAAUAAUGUAGAUUUUUUUGCCAAACACCUGCAAUACAAUCAAAUGUUUGCAAUAUAGACCUUGUCAUACUGAAACUUUAGCAGCUUUGUGUGCUGCUUCAAUUGUGCCACUUUUGUACAUGUAUAUUUAUAUAUAUACUCUAGUUUUGUAUUGCCAAUACUUGUGUAAGAAAUAUGAAUGUAAGUAUACAAAAAUACUAAAUAUUAAAAAGUUACAUGCAUCAAAUUUAUGUCCACCUCAAACCAGAUAGAUCCGUGAUAUAAUAAGAGUUAUCAAAAUUAGAAAGAUUUUUAGAAAAUAGUUUUAUUUAGUUUUUGUGCUGGCGGUAUGAGAUAUAUUUUUAAGAGAUUUCAUUGUUUGGUAUGAUAACAUGAGGACCAACUCAAAUUGUGUAAGUUUAAAUGUGGGGCAGAAAUGUCAAUAUUUCACAUGACACUGGGCAAUAAAAUGAAGAUCAAAA